ACUAAUUCAAACCUCCAUUCCGUUGAUAAUUCCAAGAAUUAUCAAUCAGUAUAUCAUAUAAACUAAUAUUUAUUUAUUCCCUUCUAAUGAUGCCACCAAGAAGUUAUUAUCUUCUAUAAGAUAAUAACAAAUCCAGCCGAACGAUACAUAUUCCCUCUUCGUCUUUCCUUACCGUUCGUAACCUUAAAAACAACGAAGGGGGACAGUGUUUCUUCAUAGUAUCUCUCACUAGGCAAAAGGGAAUCCAUUAAUGGAGUCUAAUUUCAACAUCCUUAUGUUUCCAUGGUUGGCUCAUGGACAUGUAUACCCCUAUCUUGAACUAGCCAAGAAUCUCUCCACCAAAAACUUCAACAUUUUCUUCUGUUCCACAUCCAUCAUUCUUAGUUCAAUUAAAGAAACUCUCGAUCGAAAUAGCCCAUGUGGCAUUUCAAUCAAUCUAGUCGAACUCCAUUUACCAUCAUCGCCCGAUCUUCCUCAAAACUACCAUACGACCAAAAACUUGCCACCUCAUCUCAUGCCUAAACUCUUCGAUUCAUUUCAGAACUCAAACUCAAGUUUCUCCUCCAUAAUAAGCUCCUUAAAGCCCGAUAUGCUGAUAUACGACGUUUUCCAACCGUGGGCGGCCAAGAUCGCCACGUCACUAAGCAUCCCAGCCGUCCAUUUUGCCACCUCGGGAGCCACAGCAUACUCGUUUUACCAUCACCACUUCAUACACAAGAACUCCCCCUUUCCUUAUGAUGGGAUUUAUCUUCGAGACUACGAAAGAAAGGCUCUGCAGAGUAUGGUUCUCUCCAGGGAUAAAAACGACCAAGAUUUCGCAUUCGGCCACUUCAGCAUGUCUUGUGAGAUUGUUCUGAUGAAGACUUGCAAUGGGCUCGAAGGGAAGUACUUAGACUACUUAUCUGUCUUGUGCAAGAAAAAAAUAGUUCCUGUUGGUCCACUUGUCACACAAGCUGAUGAGAGUGAUGAAAAUCAUUCAGACAUAAUGAAAUGGUUAAGUACGAAGGAUCGUUUUUCGACUGUUUUCAUUUCAUUCGGAAGUGAAAACUACUUGUCCAAAGAUCAAAUGGGAGAGAUAGCCAAAGGGUUAGAGUUUUCCAAUGUUAACUUUAUAUGGGUUGUAAGAUUUCCUCAUGGAGAGAGAGUUAGCAUAGAAGAAGCACUCCCGAAGGGGUUUCUUGACAGGGUGAAACAGAGGGGAAUGAUUGUGCAGGGAUGGGCACCACAGGCUAAAAUUCUAGGACAUCCUAGUAUCGGUGCUUUUGUGAGCCACUGUGGAAUGAGUUCGACUAUUGAAAGCGUUUAUUUCGGCGUACCUGUAAUAGCCGUGCCAUUGAAACUCGAUCAGCCGUUGAAUGCUAGGCUAGUGGUGGAGGCUGGUAUCGGUGUGGAGGUGGUACGAGAUGCGAAUGGACAUUUAAGCAGCGACGAGAUUUUCAAUGCAAUAAAUACUGCAAUCUUCGAUAAAACAGGGGAAGUAAUGCGGCUUAAAGCUGCACAAAUGAGUGAGAUGAUGAAAAGCGAAGAAGCAUACGCAAUGAACGAAACAGCAGAGCAGCUAAGAAGAAUUUGUAUGGAGCAUAAACAUCAUAUCGAAGAAGUGAACAUACAUUAGCUGCAAACUAUUUUUAUUUAC